GGCGUCCGCGGCGCCUCCGCAUGGGGCUCCGGGCCUGGCUGGGCGCCCUGGGCUCCUGCUGCUGCGGCUGCUGCUCCUGCUGCGAUAAACACUGCGACUGCGACAGCCUCUGUCCCGGACCCGCAGCCCCCACCACCGCCCCCACCGCGGAGAAGGAGCCGCUGGUGCGAGAGACCAACCCUUAUACUAGCUUUGGAGCCACUCUAGUGAGGGACGAUGAGAAGAAUUUAUGGAGCGUCCCCCACGACACGUCCCAUACAGAGGCAGACGACGACAGGAUUCUGUACAACCUCAUCGUUGUUCGCAACCAGCAGGCCAGAGAUUCUGAGAAAUGGCAAAAACUCAACUAUGAUAUCUACGCCUUGAGGCAAAUUAGAAGGGAGGUGCAAAACCGAUGGAAACGUAUUUUGGAGGAUUUAGGCUUUCAGAAAGAGGCAGACUCCUUGUUAUCAGUGACUUAUCUCAGCACCAUCAGCGAUUCUCAGAAUACAAGAAAGGCCCGUGAGAUGCUAUUAAAGCUGGCUGAGGAAACCAGUAUUUUCCCAAACAGCUGGGGGUUAUCAGAGAGAUACCUCUUAGUGGUGGAUCGCCUUAUUGCUGUGGAUGCCGCAGAAGAGUUCUUGAGACUAGCCAGACGCACGUACCCAAGGAGACCUUGUGUGCCCCCCACAAAUGGCCACCAGAAAGAACUGCAAUGCCUUCCCAUUCCAUGACCCUAGAGGAAUUUCCAAAAGGCUGUCUUCCUCAGGGCCUCCUCUCUAUAAAACAUGAGCACAGCAUGAGCAAGGAAUAUGGACAACAGUGAAUCAGGGUUGGAUGUUGCCAUGGUCCAGCUGCAUCCCUGGCCACAGGGAAGAGUUUGGGGGUGGGAAAAUGCCAAGAACAUUCUUCAUCCUACCGAUGGGUAGGAACUUGAUGGGUAGUCAUUUGGUCUGGAAUGAUUGUGGUGGUUUCCUCUUAUGUUUUUGAAAUUUAGUUGGAUCGUGCUGGAGUAUCUUAAAUUGCAGCAUAUCGGUCUGAAUUUCCAGCUUCCAAAGAUGUCCCAUUUUCCUGUCACCUCCGUAUGUCCCUUCUUAAACAGAUAAAUGCAAAAUGGAAGUUUUCCCACUAUGGUAUGUUUUACAGGUUUGUUUUUCCAAACUGCUGUCUCAGUGAGACAGGAGGCCUGUAUUUGUGGCAUUAAGGAAGCCUGUUUUCUGUGUCGUAGCAAAGGUCAAUGGGAAGCAAUUGGUCCUCCAUGUGGAGGACCAUAACACAAAUCAGAUACAAAUCUGGCUUCCCCUCAGUUGCUGAGGACCGAAUUGGACUGAUGAAAAUGAGCCAGCAUCCCGUGGUUGAGGAAAUUUGAUUGUGCUUGGCUCCAAAUUUGUUCUGGUGCAUAGUGAUGUGGUAGGAAUUUAGAGGCAGCUCUCCUCUCCAAAGACUGAAAUUCUUCUACAGUCAUCCAAGAUGGAAUCUUGAAGCUUCAGUAAGAGUCUUGUCUGGACAUGAAGAUUUUUAGAUCCAAGUGUCAUUAAUUUAUAAGCUUUCCCUUUUGAAGACUCUGCUAUUUUGAUUUUCUUUACCUGGUAUGGAAGGCAUUAAAGUCUGUCAUUUUUAUAGGCAAAAUAACUUGCUGAAUACAAUCUAGAAAGCACUGUCAAUGUCUCAGACUUAAGCAUUUUAACAUUCUUAUCUAUUUUGUUACUAAGAAAUUGUUUCAAGGCAUAGUUCUUGUUCCCAAUUUAUGAACAUAGCAUAUUUGCUGCUAAAUAGAGCUACUGAAAUGAUGGAUGCUAGUUUACAAAAGUAAUGUAAGUCUGUACUUCUUUAUAUAUUGUGAAAAAAAUCAAUACAUAAUGUUUAGCAAUAUCAGGAAAGAUAGAAGUCCAUUAUAUAUUGUCAAUAAAAAGCCUGAAAGUCAA